CGACAGCUGUGGCGUAGAGCCGGUGGACGCGGCGGCAGGCGAAGGGCUGACUGAGCGGGUCGCUUGCGGGGCGCGUUUCUGGGGUCGGCCUCGCCACGCUGGCUGAGUGCUUUGUGCCUGGAGCCAUGUCUGUGAGCGAGAUCUUCGUGGAGCUGCAGGGCUUUCUGGCUGCCGAACAGGACAUCCGAGAGGAAAUCCGAAAAGUCGUACAGAGUUUAGAACAAACAGCUCGAGAGAUUUUAACUCUACUGCAAGGGGUCCAUCAGGGUGCUGGGUUUCAGGACAUUCCAAAGAGGUGUUUGAAAGCUCGAGAACAUUUUGGGACAGUGAAAACACAUCUAACGUCUUUAAAGACCAAGUUCCCUGCUGAACAGUAUUACAGGUUUCAUGAGCACUGGAGGUUUGUGUUGCAGCGCUUGGUCUUCUUGGCAGCAUUUGUUGUAUAUUUGGAAACAGAAACACUAGUGACCCGAGAAGCAGUGACAGAAAUUCUUGGCAUUGAACCAGAUCGAGAGAAAGGUUUUCAUCUGGAUGUAGAAGAUUAUCUCUCAGGAGUUUUAAUUCUUGCUAGUGAACUGUCGAGGCUGUCUGUCAAUAGUGUGACUGCUGGAGACUACUCCCGGCCCUUGCACAUCUCCACCUUCAUCAAUGAGCUGGAUUCCGGUUUCCGCCUUCUCAACCUGAAAAACGACUCUCUGAGGAAGCGCUAUGAUGGCUUAAAGUAUGAUGUGAAGAAAGUAGAGGAGGUGGUUUAUGAUCUCUCCAUCCGUGGCUUCAAUAAGGAAACGGCAGCAGCUUGUGUUGAAAAAUAGGAGGCUCUCCUUGCUCCUGGCCUUGCUGACCCAGCAGUUAGUUGUCAGGGAUGGGUGAGCACAGAGUGCCUCUUUCCGUAGUUAGGAUGCCCAGUUGCUAAGCACUGUGCUUUAUUUUCUUAAUCAGUUGUGUGCUGUGAGUACCAAAACACUUUUUUGGGAGUUAGAACAAUUAGCCUUUACAUGGAGAGAGUUUUCAUUGUUGUUUUGGUGAAUUUGCUCUGUAUUUUGUUGUAUUUCAUUUCUGUCAAAAAAUGUAAAUGUCAGUUUCUUGGUAAUGUCCUUUUCUUGCUUACUCUGACUGUUGAUGUACGGAUUGAGAAGUUACUGUGUCGUUUGUGUUUUUUCCAGAAGUGACACUUAAUAUUUUCUGUAUUGAUGUUGGCCAUCCAUUUCCAGGUAUAGCCUGGAUGUAGUAUAAAAAUAGGUAAUUAAAAAGGAUGGUUGACAAGCAGAGAUCAUACUUUUCUCUUCCUUACCUUAAGCUCUGUGAGUGAAUCAGAUGUUGAAUUUUUUUACCAAGGGAGUUAUAGCACUGGGUUCUUUCUCACUGCAUUCAAAAUAUAAAAGAUUAAAUUGCAAAGCCAAGCUCCAGCAGAUUGUUUUGGAAGAUUUUUGUAUUAAGGGAUUUAGUAGCAUCCUAAUUGGUUAUGCUAGGUGGGGAGUUGGGCUUAAUAUUCUAAAACACUUCUGCUUUCUGAUGUUGCCUUAACAUUCUGCUAUUGCAGCAAUUAAAAUAGUCUUCGCACACAUUUUGAACUGACACUUAAUGUGAUAUAUUUUUAAUCUAUGAAACCUUUUCCCUAGCAGCCAGCUAGACUAGUUGGUCUGGGACUAUAACGCUAUCCACAUGUGUUAAUUAGCAGUACCUCAGUGAGUAUGUUCUUAAAGAGUAAUGUUAUGCUUGGUCUUGAAGAAAGAUAAAAUAUCAGCUUAAAAAUUUUUUUAGUGCCCCAGUUUCCUCCCCACUUUCAGGUAAUAAUGAGUCUUUGCCAUGUAAUUCUUGCUGUUGAAUUGAAAUUCCUGAAAUGGUGACUUAGGCUGGGUUGUAGCUCAGUGGUAGAGCACUUAUAUAACAUGCCCUCCCAUACAGUGGUGACUUAAUUCACAGUUGUUUGGCACUCUCUGAAGGAAGUUGCUAUUGUUUCCAGAAUAAUGUGAAGUAUUCAAAAAUAUUAGCUGUUUCUUGCCUGAUACCAGUUUGGGCUUCCUCUCUGUGCGAUGCGAUGUUUGGCAUUGCUUUCACAGCUUUGAUCAUACCAAGUUAAGGAAUGACUGCAUUUUUUUUAACAUGAGGAAACAAGUGCAAAUAAGGCAUGAGUAGUUGUGCACUUUUGGCUUUUAGAACAGUUUUUUUGAGAGUUCUUUUUGCAGAGUUUGUAGAAAGACAAAAUACUAGGUUGUUAAAAAUGCUUAGGAUAGUUGCUUAAAAUGUGCAGUAAUAGCAUUGCCUGGAUUGAGCAUAAAAGGAUUUUUUUUUCAUGAUUUGUUACAAAGUUCUUACCAGAAAUUGUGGAUUUUGGGGGUGGGGAGGAUUGGUGGAUUGGGCCUUGCUCUGUUGUCCAGACUGUUCUUAAACUCCUUGGCUGAAGCCACCUCCUCUCUCACCUUACAAGCAACUGGGACUACAGAGGAGUACCACCUUGCCUGGCUCUUGAAAUUUCAGUUUUAACCCACUUUUAAGUGGAAUGUGUUCUGGUCUUCAGUUCUGUUUGAGAAUUUAGAAGUGUCCUGUUUGUAAUAAUUCAGUUAUAUUCACUGCUGGCUUGUAAAGCAAUAAAAUACUCU